GUCAAGAUGUUACGUAUCUAGGUACUACCUGUCAUUUUACAGUUACAUGUAGAUCUGUAGACCAGCCGAUACCAUUACUGCGCCUAAGCCAUAGAAACCGUGAGCUCGGGCAUGUAAGCAAGGUAUGCGACAUUGAUUAUCUGCAUUUUAGAUUCUCAGCGUUGUUCGCGAGAUGCGCUUGCUAUAGCUCCGGUGAGACAGUUCAGCCCAGUACCGAAAUGGUCUGCCAUUGACCUCAGUAACCGUUUCUGGUGAUCCAGAAAAGCUCAUGCGAUGUAUGUGAUCACCCAGAAUCGCGCCUCACUGUACUGCUGAGUUUGCAAAUAACACUCAGUGUCUUCCUUCUAUCGCUCCUUGCAAUCUAGACUACUGUCUGCCUCCGUUCCGUCAAAGAUGGCCCUCCCAACAUCAGGGGCUGCCACCCUCUCAGAAGCUGUGCUUGCGUUGGUUGCGCUAUACACUCUCUGUGUUGUCGUGUAUCGGCUGUACUUUAGCCCUCUUUCAAAAUUCCCCGGACCAAAACUUGCAGCCGCCACAAGUUGGUAUUCAAAGUACUUCGACCUUGUCGCUAAGCGCCAUGGGGGCCAGUUUCCGAUGGAGAUCAAGCGAAUGCACGAGGAGUAUGGGCCAAUCGUGCGGAUCGCCCCAGACGAGCUUCACAUCGACGACCCAGAAUACUGGCAGGAAGUUUACUGCAACAAUAGCGCAACCAGGCCUAUAGACAAGCAAGAAAAGCUACAGCACCGUUUCGGCCUUCCUGAUGCCAUCUUCAGUACUCCCCAGGCGGAACUGCACCGCUCAAGAAGGCAAGCAAUGGCUGGUUUCUUCUCUCGCCAGCGGUUACGCGAAACUCAGGGCAGAGUCAAUCAACUCCUGGAGCGAGUCUCGCAACGUGUCUCCAAAGAAUAUGCUGGGUCCAAUCGUGUUCUCGACGUCGGCGAAAUGUUUUCGGCCCUGGCGGUUGACAUAGUCACGGAAGUGUGCUUUCGUCGCUGCACCAACUGUACUGAGGCACCUGAAUUCAAGGCACCACUUGUGGUCACCAUCAUAAACAACAUUUGGCUGAGCCACUGGAAUGCGCAUUUCAGGUUUCUACUAGCUUGGAUUGAGCUGCUCCCAAACAGCUUCAUCGGUAUUCUUGUACCUGCCAUCAAGCCGAUCCUGGAUCUUCGAGUCAGCAUCAACCGGCAGGUCGCAGAGAUACUUUCGGGAAUGAACAAGGCUUCCGUCGGUACGAAGGACUUUAGAGACUCAGACCAUGAUACCAUCUUUGACGAAAUGCUCGCAUCCAAGCUUCCAACCAAUGAGCUCUCGUUUGACCGCCUGUCGCAAGAGGCGAUGGCCUUGACCACUGCGGGUGUGGAGACAGUGAAGGCGACCAUUACCUUCGCUAUUUUCCAUUGUCUAGAGAAGCCUGCUAUUGAGGCCCGUCUCAAGGCAGAGCUGACAGAGGCCAUACCCGAUGCUUCCAUCAUUCCAACAUGGGUCGAGCUUGAGAAGCUUCCCUAUUUGACUGCUGUCAUCAAUGAGAGUCUACGCUUGAGCUAUGGUACGACCCAACGUAGCCCAAGGAUCAACAGACUGCACGCCAUGCAAUACAGACAAUGGGUUAUCCCACCUGGCACAGCAGUCGGUAUGGACUCUUUCCAUAUGCACACCAAUGCGGAAGUGUUCCCAGAGCCCCUUGUUUUUCGUCCAGAGCGAUGGCUAGGUAAUCCGAAAGGGCCCAACGGGCGUCAACCUCUGACCAACUACCUCACCACUUUUGGUGCUGGCUCUAGGAUAUGUGUUGCGAUGCAUCUGGCUUACAUGGAGGUCUAUGUGGGGCUCGCUGUCAUGAUGCGUCGUCAUGACUUCCAUCUGUUUGAGACCGAUCGAUCUGAUGUGGAGUUCGCUCUGGACAUGGUGGCGCCGAUGCCACACCGGGAAAGCAGAGGUGUCAGAGUCACGGUCAGCAAGUAA